AUGCUCUAUCAUGCGUUUAUCACUCAGCGCCGACUAGUCUAUCGAUCAUGGACACGUUGUACCACUGUUCAUCUUUCCCAAUGUCGGUAUCAAUCUUCUGCAGCCACCAUUCAACAAGAAAAAACACGCUCCAACUUGAACGUCAUCGACUUUUACCAUGCAUCGCUUUCUUCAUCGCCCCAUCAUUAUGCCUUCAAACUUGGCGUCUCAGGUUACCCAAAGAAAGGCAAAGUCAUUGAACCCAUCACCCAAGACGAUGCCAUCUAUACCAGUGUACAAGUAGGCGACGACGCUUAUUUUCAACGUCGUGACGCUCUCGGUGUAGCUGACGGUGUGGGUGGCUGGCGAAAACAUGCUGGAGCGAAUCCUGCUUUGUAUUCACGAAAACUGAUGCACUAUGCUCAGCUGGAACUCGAUCGCAUAAAGAGCAAUGUACGACCUUACAAUGUUCCACAGAACCACCCUGAUCCCAUUCAGGUGCUUGAAAAUGCAUACCAUCUAACUUCCCUCGACGCCCAGAACGAGGUACGGUUUCAGAUGAUCACCCGGGGGAUUGUAGGCUCAACCACCGCGUGUAUCAUCACUUUAUGUCAAGAUGAAUUACGGAUUGCCAAUCUUGGCGACUGCGGCGUUUCCAUCAUUCGAUGCAAUGACUAUAUAUUUCGAUCGGAAGAACAGCAACACAGCUUCAACUUUCCCUACCAACUAGGCACAGCUUCUUUUGAUUCUCCAGCAGAUGCACAGCGGUUUACGGUGAAAAUCGAAGAGGGGGAUAUCAUCAUUCUUGGUUCUGAUGGAUUAUUCGAUAAUUUGUACGAUGAAGAGAUUCUGGAAGAGCUUAUCCAAACGAACAAUAACCAUACUGCAACGAUCGGCUGUGCACCACAAAAAAUCUCAGACGCAUUGGCUUUGCGGGCGAAAUUAGGCGGAAAAGCAGACGACAUCAGCGUGCUAGUAGCUGUUAUCAGUCGAGAUGAAUGUCCACCAGAACCGUCUCCGCCGCCAUUACCAUGA